CGCGGCUCCUGCAGCUCCCUGGGCAGCCGCGCCAGCAUCUAUGACAACGUGCCUGAGUUCGGCAGCAGCGAGGACUUGUGCAAGGACGGGGAGGUCACCUACAAGAACCUCGACGACAUCCUGCAGCACAUGUGGGGGCUGCAGCAGAAGGUGGAGCUCUGGUAUAAAGCCAUCUCCCCCGGCCUCGAUGGGGAGGAGGGGGGCGAGGAAGACGAGGAUGAUGAUGAGGAAUCAGACUCAGGAGGGGAACCCUCCAACCUGCACUUUGAAGAGCGAUCCAUGUCGGAUGUUGGCACCUCUGCCAGGGAUUCGGGUGUGGGAGCGUCGCUCACACGGCCCUGCAGAAAGCUGCGUUGGCACAGCUUCCAGAACUCGCACCGGCCCAGCCUGAACUCGGCCUCACUGGAGAUCAACCGCCAGUCCUCGGCACAGCUCAACCUGCUCCAGAAGUGUUCCCUGCUCCGUCUCACUGCCAUCAUGGAGAAGUACUCUGUGCCCCAUAAGCAAGCCUGGACGUGGACUGUGCCGAAGUUCAUGAAGCGGAGUAAAGUGCCAGACUACAGGGACAAGACAGUUUUCGGGGUGCCACCCAUCGUCAAUGUGCAGCGGACGGGGCAGCCCCUGCCCCAGAGCAUCCAGCAGGCCAUGCGCUACCUGCGCAGCCAGUGCCUGGACCAGGUUGGCAUUUUCCGCAAGUCGGGGGUGAAGUCUCGGAUCCAGGUGCUGCGGCACAUGAAUGAGAGCAGCCCUGACAACGUGAGCUACGCGGGGCAGUCGGCGUAUGACGUGGCAGACCUGCUCAAGCAGUACUUCCGCGACCUGCCCGAGCCCAUCUUCACCAGCAAGCUGACAGACACCUUCCUGCAGAUCUACCAGUUCGUGUCCAAGGAGCAGCGGCUGCAGGCGGUGCAGGCUGCCAUCAUCCUCAUGCCCGACGAGAACCGGGAGGUGCUGCAGACCCUGCUCUACUUCCUGAGCGACAUCGCCUCGGCUGAGGAGAACCAGAUGACUGCUGGGAACUUGGCUGUGUGCCUGGCCCCCUCCAUCUUCCACCUUAACGUGUCCAAGAAGGAAAGCACCUCGCCCAGGGCCAUGCACAAGAGAGGCACCAUGGGGAAGCCAGACCAGAAGGACCUCAACGAGAACAUGGCUGCGACGCAGGGGCUCUCCCACAUGAUCACCGACUGCAAGAAGCUCUUUCAGGUCUCCCACGACAUCCUGCUACAGCUGAGCAGCUCCUACAUGGCUGCAGACGCUUACCCCCACCCCCUUAGUGAAUUGAUGUGUCAGGGGGACAGCAAGGAUUUACACUCCUACUUUGAGCAGAGCAUCCAGAACCUGCUCAAAGAGUCAUCAGAGAAAUUCAAGGGGUGGCUGAGCAUGCCAGGACCCCUGAACACAGAGCUCUCCUGCAAAAAGGUAAAUGCUGCUCUGGGGAGUGACUUGGGGACAUGGGCAAAUGCAUCCACGGACAUUGAGGCCCCCCCUGGCGCGGUGCUGCAGCGGGUGCUGCGGGAGCGGCACCUGUGGGACGAGGACCUGCUGCAUAGCAGGGUGGUGGAAGCCCUGGACCAAGACAUGGAGGUGUACCACUACGUGACGGACAGCAUGGCCCCACACCCACGCAGGGACUGCAUGGUGCUCCGGUGCUGGCGCUCGGCGCUGCCGCGGGGAGUCUGCCUGCUCAUCUCCCUCUCGGUGGAGCACGACAAGCUGCCGGUGGAGGGAGGCGUCAAGGCCGUCGUGCUGACCUCCCAGUACCUGGUGGAGCCCAGUGCCAUGGGCCGCUCCAGGGUGACCCACAUCUGCAGGGCUGACCUCAGGGGCCGUUCUCCUGAGUGGUACAACAGGGUCUUUGGCCACCUCUGUGCCAUGGAGCUGGCAAGGAUCCGAGACUCAUUCCCGGCCCUGAGUCCCAACGGCCCAGAGACGAAGAUCUGA